GUUAAAUUUAAUUUUGUUUUUACUUUUUAAUGGUUACAUUUUUAUUGUAACCAUCACAUUUUACUAUUAAAUGGUUUUGAUUAAAUAGUCACCCUUUCUUUUACUAGAAUUAUUAGUGGUACAAUUCCUGGAAGAUCUGGUAAAUCUUGUCGUCUACGAUGGUGUAAUUAGCUCUCUCCUAAGGUUAAACACCUUCCGUUUACCGCUAUGGAGGAUCAGAUCAUAAUCGACGCCCAUUCAAAACACGGUAACAAGUGGGCCACCAUUGCUAGGCUUCUCGAAGGUCGUACGAACAACGCAAUCAAGAAUCACUGGAACUCGACUUUGAAGAGAAAGUGUUUGUCGUCGGAAAACGAUGACGGCGACGACAAUGAAACAUCGAAUCCACCUAGGAAAAGGUUUGCCGGUGUCGCCGGUGGCGGCGGCGAUCGUCCGGUGUCGGUACAGGGAAACUCUUGUAGCUCAGGCGGUAGCGAAUUUGGAUCGGAUGAUGCUUGUGAUGUAAUUUUGAACGGGCCAAACUUUUUUCCGGUUUAUUCUCAACAGCUCUUGAAUCGAUCCGUUGACUCAUCAUGACUUGAUUUUACACUACUACUUUUCGUAGUAAAGAUUACUGGAGUAUUAAUUAUUGGAUUUCCAUCAAGACAAUAACCAAUUCCAGUAAAAGCCCUAAAGUAGGAAUUAUCCAUUUUCAUCUUGUUCUUUUUUAGAUGAUUAAUACAAAUAAUUUGACAACGAUUCUUGAUGAUCAUGUCAGCUUCUUCAUUAACUUCCUUUUUCUCAAUGUUAUCCUUUCUAUUACUCUUUAUAUCAAAAUUUGAAUUGUUUGAUUGCUUUCUCUUCGUCAUGGUAAUUUUUUUUUAAUAAAACUAAAAAUAAAUAUAACUAUA